UUUGAAGAAUACAGCAAGAUGAUUUACCUAGAUGCAGAUAUUCAAGUCUUUGAGAAUAUCGAUGACCUCUUCGAUAUGCCUGACGGGUAUUUUUAUGCCGUGAUGGAUUGUUUCUGUGAGAAAACGUGGAGCCACUCGCUUUAGUAUUCGAUUGGGUAUUGUCAACAGUGCCCGGAGAAGGUCACGUGGCCGGAGGAUAUGGAUUCUCCUCCUCCUCCUCUGUAUUUCAACGCCGGUAUGUUUGUGUUUGAGCCUAGCCCUUUGACUUAUGAGAGCCUUCUUCAGACCCUGGAGAUCACACCGCCUUCACCAUUUGCAGAACAAGAUUUUCUCAAUAUGUUCUUUGAGAAAGUGUACAAACCGAUCCCUCUAGUUCACAAUCUGGUUCUUGCUAUGCUUUGGCGUCACUCUGAGAACGUGGAGCUGGAGAGAGUCAAGGUUGUUCACUACUGUGCAGCCGGAUCCAAGCCAUGGAGGUACACAGGAGAAGAAGCUAACAUGGACAGAGAAGACAUCAAGAUGUUAGUUGAUAAAUGGUGGGAUGUAUAUAAUGAUGAAUCACUCGAUUUCAAACCCAAAAGCCCUCAAGAUGUGGAAGAAACCGUAACCAAAUCGACCAUCCUAGCUUUGGUACUCGAACCGGAAUUUACCUACUAUCCUGCACCUUCUGCUGCUUGAAAAAGUCUUAUAAAAGAACUCAGAGUGUUCCUAUAUCUAUUUUCUUCUGAUAUACAUAGUUUGAAAUAGUAUAGUAUAAGCAGAAAUAUAAAACCUUGGUGAGUUGGAAUCACAGUUAUUAGCUGCCUUUUUCUCGACCCGAGAGGUUUUCAAAUAGUAUAUGCUAAAGUGUGUAAG